CGCAGAUGGCCUCUACCGCAGGUAAGCGCUGAACAGAAGGAGAUUUCUGUCCGAGAUUCCUCCAGCGCGUCUCAUCCAAGAACAACCACUGUUGGCGGUGUGCCAGAAGGAUAUAAUUGAGAAAGACCGUCCUCUACAUCUUCGAGAAAUCCAUCUCCAUUCUUCAACUCUCAGCUCUAUCAGCAGCGUCUACCGCUCUCCUCCUGGGGUGUGUAUACUAGCGCCGGAUUCGAUAUCCUUCUUGUCUGCAUCCAAAGAGCGACGACCUUCCCUGCCUGUGCGGACUAUAUCGAGGACUCUGAGCCAUUUCUGUUCUCCCACGAGACAACUCCUGAAAGCGACCACCAAGAUGAUCGUGGCACUGUCACCCACAACGCUCUCCUUCGUCUUCCUCGCCCUGGGCUACUUCCUGAUCCGCUACCUCAACUCGACCGACCAGCCCAAGAUCAAAGGCCUCCCGGAAAUCCCAGGUGUGCCACUGUUUGGAAAUCUGCUGCAACUGGGCCAGGACCACGCGCGUGUCACCGCUCGAUGGGCAAAGGAAUAUGGCUGGCCCGUCUUCCAGACCCGCUUGGGCAACCGCCGCAUCAUCUUCGCCAACACAUUCGACUCGGUCAAGCACUUUUGGAUCACCAACCAAUCGUCUCUGAUCUCCAGGCCCACGCUGUACACCUUCCACAGCGUCGUCUCGAGCAGCCAGGGAUUUACGAUUGGCACUUCGCCCUGGGAUGAGUCCUGCAAGAGACGCCGCAAGGUGGCGGCCACGGCAUUGAACAAGCCUGCGGUGCAGAGCUAUAUGCCUUUCAUCGACUUGGAGAGUUGUGUCGCCAUCAAGGAUAUGUACAAGGAUUCGAUGAACGGCACGCUAGACUUGGAUCCGAGAAAGUACUUCCAUCGGUUUGCACUCAACACUAGCUUGACGUUGAACUAUGGUAUCCGGAUCGACGGAGGAAUCGAUCAAGAACUGCUCAGGGAAGUUGUGCACGUCGAACGAGUGGUGUCGAACUUCCGUAGCACAUCCAACAACUGGCAAGACUAUAUUCCUCUGCUGCGACUGCCGUUCAUCUCUCGCCAGAACAAAUCAGCCGCAGAAUACCGAGAACGCCGAGACAAGUAUCUCACCACCUUCUUGAACAUGCUCAAGGAGCGCAUUGCGAAUGGGACCGACAGACCGUGCAUUACUGGCAAUAUCAUCAAGGAUCCGGAAGAAACGCUGAACGAAGCCGAACUCAAGUCCAUCUGCUUGACCAUGGUCUCGGCCGGCAUUGACACCGUGCCCGGCAACAUGAUCAUGGGUCUUGGAUACCUCGCAUCUCCCGAGGGUCAGCACAUCCAGAAAAAGGCUUAUGAAGAGAUUAUGAAGGUGUAUCCGAAGGACGGCGAGGCGUGGGAGAAAUGCCUUCUUGAAGAAAAGGUCCCGUACAUCACGGCCCUGACCAAGGAAAUCCUCCGUUACUUCACCGUCAUCCCCAUCUGCCUGCCGAGGACCAGCAUCAAGGACAUCAAGUACAAGGACGUGACCGUCCCCGCCGGCAGCGUCUUCUACAUGAACGCGUGGGCGGCCGACUACGACGACACACACUUCAAGGAGCCCACCAAGUUCAUCCCGGAGCGCUACAUCAACGACCAGGAGGGCAGCGGGACCCCGCACUACGGCUACGGCGCGGGCAGCAGGAUGUGCGUGGGCUCGCACCUGGCGAACCGCGAGAUCUACACAGCUUUCCUGCGCAUGAUUGUGGCCUUUGAGUUUGUGCCCGCCCGCGACCCCAAGGACUGGCCCAUCCUCGACGCCAUCGAGUGCAACAGCAUCCCGACCGCCCUCACCACGGAGCCCAAGCCUUUCAAGGUGGGUUUCCGGGUCCGGAACAAGGAGGCCUUGGAGCGAUGGAUCCGUGCGAGUGACGAGCGGACCAAGGAUCUCUAGAGAGAGAGAGAGAGGAAAAAAGUCAUGAAACUUCCCAAGAAGGGAAAUUUGAAUCCAGUUUUGAAGCAGAGCGGAGCUUGCUAUGUGGCAUUGCGGCUGGGAUUUGUAAGGCUUCCCGGCUUGGGAGGUCCGUUGAUUCGAGAACCAGGUCCCGAAGAGUCUUUUUGAGCAUUUUGAUGAAUGGUUUUCCAACCGAGAUGUGCACGAGUUCUUGGGUGCUGUCCUGAGGGAAAGGGCCGGUUCGUUAGGUCUGGCCGUCUGAGCCUUGCCUCGCCUCCGCCUCUGGUCUCACCACUUGAAGGGAAAACUCUUUUCUUUGUUAUUUCCGUGCUGCAGGAUUAUGCAUUCACCCCCAGGGGGGAGUUCUUGGCCGGGAUAGUUCUGAGAGCCGCUGCAAAGUUUCUUGCAUCGAGGCUGCGUCAAGUUUUGAGUUGUCAGUUACUCGGUAGGCGGCACAAUGCGCCCAACAAAAUUAUGCUUGCGAAAGGAAAGUCCUCGUCUCGUGGAACCCAACUUGGGAACGAAGCUUGAAUUCUCUCGAGGACUUUUUUGGUUUGGAGGGAUCUAAUGAAUGAUCUUGAAGGCUGCCCUACAAAUAGUUAUUGCGUAUCUUCACAGACAUGCGCGGAAAACUCCAACAUCAAG